AUGGACAUCAAUGAUAUGAUCGUACAUCGUAUUUUGGCCGACACAGGGAGCUCAGUCAAUGUGAUGUACUACGACGCCUUCACCAAGUUAGGGCUACCUAGAGGCCAGCUCAAAGAGGUACGAACUCCACUCUCUGGGUUUACUGGGGACUCGGUAGAAAUAGAAGGGUCGGUGAUCCUGCCCGUGGAGAUAGGCACGAGCCCCAACAUCCGCAAGCUGGACAUGGAGUUCAUCGUGGUAAGACUCACUUGUGCGCACAACAUCAUACUGGGGAGGCCAGCACUGGAGGACCUCAAGGCCAUGCCUACCAGGAAGAGGAAGUCGUCGAUUUCCAUGGAUGAAGACGCCGUCCGAAAUUUGAGGAGCAGUGACGAGCCGCAAUCGGCCGUCCGUCUUCUUCCAACAGCGCACCAUCCAACAUACCAAUGUAGCUGGAAAAUCAGCGCCACUACCGACAGAGAAGCAGGCCGCUGUCGUUUCAUCGCGUGA